AUGCGCUACGUCUCUCUGCUCCGCUCGCGCCCUAUCGCCGUCGAGACCGCGACCGCGAACGAGCAGCACUACGAAGUCGGCACCGGCGUGCUGACGAAUAUGCUCGGCCCAAGGAUGAAGUAUUCGUGCUGUUUGUAUCCGAAGGGCACGGAGACGUUGGCGCAGGCGGAGCGGGCGAUGUUGGAGUGUUAUGUUGAGAGGGCGGGGUUGACGGAUGGGAUGAGGGUGUUUGAUCUUGGCUGCGGCUGGGGCUCCCUCUCCCUCUACCUCGCCGAAGUCUUCCCCUCCUCGCAAAUCACAGCGUUCUCCAACUCGCGCACGCAAAAACAGCACAUCGACUCCGUCGCCGCCCGCAAAGGCUUCACCAACCUCACCGUCGUGACCGGCGACAUCGCCACCUAUGACUUCCGCUCCACGCCCCUCGAGGGAGCCUUCGACCGCGUCAUGUCCAUCGAGCUCUUCGAGCACAUGAAGAACUACGAGCUGCUGAUGGCUAAAGUCGCCACUUUACUCAAACCAGGCGGGAAGCUGUUCAUCCACUACUUCGCGCACAAAUCUACGCCCUACGAUUUCGAGUCCGGAUGGAUGACGACGCAUUUCUUCACCGGCGGGACAAUGCCGAGCGCGGAUCUGCUAUUGUAUUUCCAGCGCGAUCUGUGUCUAGAGCAGCAGUGGUGGGUCAGCGGGGCGCACUACGCGAAGACGUGCGAGGACUGGUUCGCGAGGAUGUGCGGGACGAAGGAGCGGGAGGCGAUGUGGCCGGAGCUGGAGGCGACGUAUGGGGCCAAGGAGGCGUGGAGGUGGUAUUAUCGGUGGCAGGUAUUCUAUCUGGCGUGCGCGGAGUUGUUUGCGUUUAAUGGGGGCGAGGAGUGGGGGGUUUGUCAUUAUUUGUUUGAGAAGAAGGCGCGGUGA